UGCACAACAUCUAUCUUAUAGAAGGCCGGAGCUUAAUCUCACGUACCAGCCUGGCCUGUUACGCUCGCUACAUCUCUGCUCGCCUGUUUCCACAGUUGGUGCCCUACGUUGGCGCGCUCCGUGUCCCUCGUUGAACAACCGCUGCGUAGCUCCCACGCCGCCCGGUGAUAUAAACCCCCUCGCAAGCACCCGGUCUCAACAACACAGAUGGCUGCCAGCGCGCCUGUCCUGCCGCCCGUAGAGGGCACCGAUACAGGCGUCAACCCCAGGUUCGACUCGCCGGCCCCCAGUGCCAAUGUCCAAGCCGAGAGCGCAGCGGCUUCACCCAUUGACGGCCUCGCCCAAGCUGGCCCCCCUCCCGACCAGAAAGAUGGGCGCACCGCGCAAGAUGCAAGAGCGCAAGAGGAGGUUCACCGAGUCCUUUACUCAGACAUUGGUGUCAAUACUCUGUUGAACCGGCUGAAGGCUAGCAUAGCCAGCGCGAGGGACUUUUCUAGCUUCCUCAAGCGUCGAGGUGCCAUGGAGGAAGAGCACGCCACCAGUCUCAAGAAACUCAGCCGCCUAACCCUCGAGAACCUCAACAAGGCGGAGGCGCGCCACGAGAGUUAUCAGCGUCAGUUUGGACUCGUCAUGCACGCCAAUGAGCGCAUGGCGGACAACGGCACUCAAUACGGUCUGGCCCUGCAUGCCAUGCACGAGAAUCUCCUGCAGCUGGCCUCGAAAAUGGACGCGAGCAGGAAGACGUGGAAACAGCAAGGCCUUGCUGCUGAGAAGAAGGUCCAUGACGCUGAGAUGCUCGCUGAAAAGGCAAAGGCCAAGUACGAUCAGCUAGCCGAAGAUCUCGACAAAGUGAAAACAGGCGAUACCGGCGCCGGCAGGAAGUUUGGCUUGAAGGGUCCCAAGUCUGCCGCCCAGCACGAAGAAGAUCUGAACCGAAAGCUCCAAGCCGCAGAUCAGGAUUACUUGAGCAAGGUGCAGACGGCGCAAGCGUAUCGCAAGGAACUUGUCGCCACUAGUCGGCCCCAAGCAGUGACUGCGCUUCUGGAUCUCAUAAAGGAGAUUGAUGCUGCUCUGACAAUGGAGAUGCAGAAGUAUGCUUCCUUUACCGAGAAACUUGCCGUGAACAACGGUCAAGUCGUCAUACCACAAAGCACCAACGGCAACAGUGCCAGUGCAGCGCCGAGCCUGAACAAGAUCAUCUACGAGAUCAACAAUGACCGAGAUUUCGACGAUUAUGUUCUGAAGCACUCGUCCAAGAUCCCCUUGAUGCGCCCCGAGAUCCAAUAUGUGAAACAUCCCACCCUUGGUCCGACACCGUCCCAGCAGAAGCCCCUUCCCACAGCAACUGGUGACCGCCGAACUUCCUUAUUGAUGCACGGAAGCCAGUUGCCACCGUCUUAUCCCACACAAACACCUAUGGACUCGGCACAGACUCUUCCUCAGCAGUAUACCACCGCCGGGGUUUCUGAACCAAUACAACCACCGAGUCAUCAAAACUCGAUGACAUCCUCCCCGAUGCCGCAACAGGCGCCGUUGUAUCCACAGCAACAACAUCCGCAACACUACGACCAACCAUACCAGCCAUUGCAACAGCCGCAGUCCCAAUAUGGGGAUGCCACCGUGUAUCCAUCGGUCGCGCAAGAUCUGUAUGGUCAGUCCGAGUACCGAGGAGUCUCGGCAGGGCAUGGCGUUGCUGAACAAACCAGCGGUGUUACCCAUCCUAACUCUGCUCAUCCAGCCAAUCCCGUGUUUGGUGUUCCAUUGAGCGAGCUGUUCAGGCGCGAUGGCUCGCCCGUUCCUCUCGUUGUUUAUCAGUGUAUACAGGCAGUAGAUCUUUUUGGUCUCGAGGUUGAGGGGAUCUACCGUAUUCCCGGCACUUCCUCACAUAUUCAGACAUUGAAAAGUUUAUUUGACAGUGGCUCCACUCAGGUUGACUUCCGCAACCCGGAAGCAUUCCAACAUGACGUGAACAGCGUUGCUGGCUUGCUGAAGCAAUUCUUCCGCGAGCUGCCCGAUCCGUUAUUGACUAGGGAGUUUUAUACAAAGUUCAUCGACGCUGCUCGGAUUGAGGACGAUACCAUGCGUCGCGACUCCAUGCAUGCCCUUAUCAACGCUUUACCGGAUCCUAAUUAUGCCACUUUGAGAGCUCUCAUGCUUCACCUGCAUCGUGUCCAGCAGGCUUCAGAGGUCAACCGCAUGAGUACUGCAAAUCUGGGAAUUUGUUGGGCACCUUCAAUCAUGGGGCCGCACAAAGGCAACAACAUGGCAGACGCCGGUCUGCAAGCCAAAGUAGUCAUCACGAUCCUAGAUAAUGUCCUUCAGAUUUUCGACGAGGAUUGAAAUGCGCCCGUAAUGGGUGUGGGCACAGUUACCACACGCAGGGUAUGCAGCCGAGGUCUUGGACAAUGGAUCAAUUCAUAGUAUAUUGGAUGUUUUGGCGGGUCGUUGAGUCUCUGAAUCUACCCGAACUUCUUGUGCGAUAUUAUGAGUUUCGGAACCCUAGGCCAGUCCCGCUGCGCCCACCUGUAUUCAAAUGGAAUUGUGCAACUACAUUCCUGUUAGCUACAUGAUCGGUAUCCC